GCUCUCAACAGCCACUGCCGAGCGGGCCCAUGAGGUGUUCAGGAAGAUGGAGGGGGCAUGGUCGGGGUUCCGGGGCUGGUCCAAGGUCCGGAGCAGUGAGCCACUGUACGCGGCCUGCCUCUCCAUCGCCUGCCGCAGCAAGGGCUCGCCGCGGUCGCUCAAGGAGCUGGCCUCGGCGACGGCCGAACGCGGCGCAGCGGCAAGGGUGGAGAUCUCCAGGCUGGCCAAGCACAUCAGGAGGCGGCUCGGGGAGGAGGCCGCCGGCCGGGCGACGGGCGUCGGAGUGGUGCGCGCGUCCGGCUACAUGCGUCGCUUCUGCAAGCUGGUCGGCAUGGGGGACGGGGAGGCGACGGCGGCGAUGGAGGCGGCGCGGCGGCUGGAGGAGAGCGACCUGGAGGUGCCGCACAACGGCGAGUCCGUUGCGGCAGGCGUCGUCUGCUUGGGCCUCGAGCGCGCCGGCGCCGAAAGGCCCGACGUCGUCUGGGCCGUAGCGGCGGCCACCGGCGUCUCCACGGCCACCAUCAACAAUGUUUGCAGGAAGCUGCGCCCGCACGCCGAGCUGCUCUUUGGCUGACGGACGUGUCAUCGUCGUGUCCGGGACUACAAGCCUUAGCGACUUGUACGUCUUUGUUGUAAGGUUUCUGUCUGUGCUUCCUUUGUAUCUCUGCAUACUGUGCUCAUCACACCAUACAUCUGUCAGUAAUAGCUAGCUUAGUUAAUUCAGACCUCAAGAGUAGAAAAAUCUUAGCAAUCUCGUUGAGGUGAAUCUGUUGUAUCGUUUCAUGCUGUUUAUGGACCGGAAUAUUCUGAUGUUUGUGUUUUAAUUUCCAAAUUCUGAGUACCGAUGA